AUGGCCGAAGCUCUUCUCUCUGCUGUCUUCAAUGUGCUUUUGGAGAGAUUAACGCCUGAGAUCACAGAUUUGAUCAACAAAAUUGUAGGAAAGAAGCUGGAUGACAAGUUACUUAAUCAUUUGAGGCCAUCCUUGAUUGCUGCAAGAGCUGUGCUCAAUAACGCUGAACUCAGACAAUUCAAGAAGGAUCUAGCCGUGAAAGAGUGGCUGAAUGAACUCAAGGAUGCUGUUUAUGACCUGGAAGACUUGAUGGAUGAAAUUUCCACCCGAGCUGCCACUCAGAAACAGGUUCCCUCUUUCUCCUUUGCUUCCCUUACUUUGCGUGAUACAAGCAUGGCAAAUAAGUUAGAAGCUAUAAGUGAUAGAAUUGAAUAUAUUGUGCGACAAAAAGACGCCCUUGAACUGAAGAAGGGCACUGAAACGUGUCCGGAAACUUUGUCCUGGAGGCCUCCAGUUACAUCUCAUGUGGAGGUCUCUCAAGUGUACGGAAGGAAUAAAGCAAAAGAAGAUAUAAUUAAGCUUAUGUUGGAUGGUGAGGGUGGUCCGUUGUCCGUAAUCCCCAUCUGGGGCAUGGGCGGGGUUGGGAAAACCACCUUAGUUAAUUUAGUUUAUAAAGAUGUGAAGCAAAAAUUUGAUCUCACUGCAUGGGUUUGUGUUUCUGAAACAUUUGAUCUUUUGAAAAUAGCACAGACUAUAAUAAAAUCUAUUGAUCAAGAUUCUGCCUGUGAUAACAUGGAUUUGAAUCUUCUUCGCGAUCGUCUAGCAGAGAAGAUAGAAGGGAAAAAGUUUUUAGUUAUUCUUGAUGAUUUAUGGAAUCACGACUACACUGAUUGGGAUGUUUUGAAGAGUUUGCUUCACAAUGGGGUGGAAGGAUGUAAAAUCCUUGUUACAACUCGUGAAGAGGACGUUGCUUUGAUGGUUACAACUAUCUCAUCAUCUUAUCGCCUAGAUUUGUUGUCUGAUGAAGAUUGUUUGUUAGUUUUUGCUGCACAUGCUUUCCAUUUUAAAGAUUCAAAUGUGAAUUCAUGCUUAGAAAAAAUCGGAAGCGAUGUUGCUAGCAAGUGCAGAGGAUUGCCUUUAGCAGCAAAAGUGCUUGGGGGCCUUUUUCGAUCAAAGUCUCGCAUUGAAGACUGGAAUAAUAUAUUAAAAGAAUCCAUGUGGGAUUCAUUCGAUGACAAGAUUAUUCCAGCUUUAGGAGUCAGUUAUUAUUAUCUUCCUCCCCAUUUAAAACAAUGCUUUGCUUACUGUUCUUUAUUUCCUGAGGAUUAUACAUUUGAUAAGGAUGAAUUAAUCAUGAUGUGGAUGGCAGAAGGUUUUUUGGGGACCACAAAAAGGAAAAUGACUUUAGAAGAAGUUGGUGAGGGGUAUAUUGAUGAUUUAACUUCAAGAUCAUUCUUUCAACCCUUACCCGAAAAUCAUGAAUACAUCAUAAGAGAUAGGCAUUUUGUGAUGCAUGAUCUCAUUCAUGAGUUAGCAACUCAUGUUGCCGGGGACUUCUAUUUUAGAUUAAGGGAGAAUAGAAACAAAAUUGGCCCCAUGACUCGCCAUUUGUCAUGCAACUUUCAAAAUUAUCUAGGCUUAGAUCAUGAGGUUUUCCAAAAAUUAAAAGGCUUGCGAACAUUUAUAGGAUUGGAAUCGCCUUUUGAAAAUGCUUCUCAUAUUCUAUCAUCAAACCUGAAGUACCUACGAACAUUGUCACUAGCAGGACUGCCUAAUUUAAAGAUGGUUCCCGGGUCAAUCGGAAAUUUCAUCCAUCUACGCUAUUUGGAUCUAUCUUACACAAACAUUGCAAGUUUGCCUGAUUCAAUCUGUAAAUUGUAUAAUUUACAGACAUUGAAGCUGCGUGAAUGUUGUUCUCUCCUGAUUCUACCAAGUGACAUGCAGGAACUUAAAAAUUUGCGACAUCUUGACGUCACAAACACUACGUUGAAAGAAAUGCCGAGGGGGCUGGGUAAAUUAAAAGAUUUGCAAUUUUUAAGUGACUUUAUUGUUGGGAAAGAGCAGGAGACCGGGAUUACAGAAUUGGGAGGAAUCUCAAAUUUGAAGGGUUGCAUUGAAGUUAGUCGGUUAGAGAAUGUCAAGAAUGAAGAUGAAGCAGAUGGUGCGAGAAUGAUGGAGAAGAAGCGAAUUGAAAGUUUAACAUUAUAUUGGUCGGAUUUUGGUGAUGCGGAAGAUACAAGCAGGGAGAGAAAUAUUUUGGCUAAGCUUCGACCCCAUUGGGAUUUGAAACAAUUGGAAGUUUACUGUUAUAAGGGCACAAUAUUUCCAGAUUGGUUGGGAAGUCCUUCCUACUAUAACAUGACCUCGUUGGGCCUGACAGAUUGUGAAAAUUGUUGCAUGCUUCCCCCUUUGGGACAGCUCCCCGCUCUGAAGACAUUAGAUAUUUAUGGAUUAAAACGUGUCAAAAGCAUUGGUGAUGAGUUUUUGAAGGCUGAUGAUUGUUCUUCCAUGAUACCAUUUCCAUCCCUUGAAUAUCUUAGCUUUUCAAUCAUGUUAUCCUGGGAACAAUGGCUUUCCACUGAUAUGGAAGCUUUCCCUAAGCUUCGAAAACUCAGAAUAGAAUCUUGCCCCAAGUUAGUUGGAAGUCUACCUUCCCGGUUGCUUUCUUUAGAAACUUUGGUUAUUAGAUAUUGUCCAUUGUUUUCUUCUAGUAUUCCGAGGUGUCCCAAACUUCAGAAUUUUGACACAUAUGGAAGUGGAAAUGGGGUAUGGCAAGAGCCAGAGUUACCUCGGGCCCUUUGCACUCUAGAUAUUUCAGAAUGUCGGAUGUUGGAAUCAGUGUUGGAGGCACUCGCUAAACCUUCACAUCUGCAAAAAUUAUGUAUCCGUGGUUGCUCCAAUAUAUCAACUUUAAUGAUUCAUUUGCCCCAGUCAUUACAAGAAUUAAACGUAUCCUGUAGUAAAAAUAUUGAUUUUGUGAUGAGUUCAACCGCUCCUCUUCAAAGUCUCUGGUCUAUUUAUAUUCAGAGUUGUAGUUUUGUGAAGUUUAUAUCGGAUGACAUAGAAGGUGUCCUCCCAAAUUUAAUAAAGCUAAGCAUAUCGAAUGUUAAAGGGAUAGAAGGAUUUCCAGAAGGGGCUCUUGUGCCGAGUUUGAGAGAACUUCAUAUUCUUUCGUGUAACAUAGAGUUCAUAACAUCCCAUCAAGCAUGGCACCUCCUAAGAAAUAUCACUUGCCUUCAUAUUUUUUAUCCAAUUGAUGGAAGUUAUGUCAACUGUUUUCCAGAGGUGUGUUUUCUUCCUACCACUCUCACCACUUUGGAACUCACUGGCUUUAGUGACUUGGAGACAUUGAAUUGCACGGGACUUCAGCACCUAACCUCUCUCCAAAAACUAGAUAUCCAUUCUUGUUUGAAGCUGGAGAAAAUGUCAGGGGAAAAGCUGCCUGCUUCUUUAAGAGAGCUUCACUUUGGGUAUUGUCCAUUGCUUGAUGAAAAAUACCACAACAAGGAUGAACAACUUUUGCGCCAAAUAUCCCACAUCCCACUCAUCAACAUAUAUUGA